AUGCCCGGAAAACUGCAAGUGCCAACAUCUAUCACAGAAAUGCCCAGAAAACUGACAGUGCCAACAUUUAUCACAGAAAUGCUUGGAAAACUGACAGUGCCAACAUUUAUCAUAGAAAUGCUCGGAAAACUAACAAUGCCAACAUUUAUCACAGAAAUGCCGGGAAAACUGACAGUUCCAACAUUUGUCACAGAAAUAUCCGGAAAACUGACAGUGCCAACAUUUAUAACAGAAAUGCCCGGAAAACUGCAAGUGCCAACAUUUAUCACAGAAAUGCCGGGAAAACUGACAGUACCAACAUUUAUCACAGAAAUGCUCAGAAAACUUGAAGUGCCAACAUUUAUCACAGAAAUGCUCAGAAAACUUAAAGUGCCAACAUUUAUCACAGAAAUGCUCAGAAAACUUGAAGUGCCAACAUUUAUCACAGAAAUGCUCAGAAAACUUGAAGUGCCAACAUUUAUCACAGAAAUGCCCGGAAAACUGACAGUGCCAACAUUUAUCACAGAAAUGCCCGGAAAACUGACAGUGCCAACAUUUAUCACAGAAAUGCCCGGAAAACUGCAAGUGCAAACAUUUGUCACAGAAAUGCUCAGAAAACUUGAAGUGCCAACAUUUAUCACAGAAAUGCCUGGAAAACUGACAGUGCCAACAUUUGUCACAGAAAUGCCCGGAAAAUGA